AUGAUGGCGACCGGCGAGAGAGGGCGAGGACGACCGGCGGGACGAAGGCGAGAACGGCGUUGGUCGAUGGCGAGUCUGGCGGCGAGGACGGCGACGCUGGUCGAUGGCGAGUCUAACGGCGAGGACAGUGUGGCUGGUCGCUCGCGUGGAGGACGGCGCCGGUUGCUCGUUGCGGCUGCUGCUCUCCCUGGAAAAGUCGAAUGA